AUGGCUUCAAAGUCUGUUCGAGUCUCCAAAGACUCUGUCAACAAAUUUCAGGGGAGGACCAUUGAGAUAGUGGUAGGAGAUGAGCAAAGGGUCUACGGCGUCCAUGAAGGCUUGGUUCGUUCCUCUUCCCCGUUCUUCGACAAGGCUCUGGCAGGGAAAUGGAAGGAGUCCGCACAGCGCACCGUCCAACUUCCGAACGAUGAACCGAAGAUAGUUGCGCUCUACAUCCACUGGCUCUACUACGGCACACUGCCGGUGUUUUGUGAUGAACUGGUUGAAAUCGGAAACUCCGAAUACUUGGACCUGGCCAAGGCCUAUAUCCUGGGCGACAAGAUCUUGGACACUUUGUUCCAAGACACCGUCAUCGAUGCGAUUAUCGAGAAGAGCCGUUCCACAGCGCAAGACGGACACAGGUGGUACCCUGACGGGGCAGUGUUGGAUUAUGCAUAUCACAACAUCGCCGAAUCGGCUCAGAUCCUUGAGUUAUUUGUAGAUAUGUAUGUGACGAAGGGGAAUAGUUCAUGGCUGCAGGAAUGGACAGAUCCUACCCAUAUCCCGCAGCCUUUUCUUCUGAGUGUUGCUUCCAAGCUGUUGGACCGACGUGCUGUUUCUAAGGAGCCCCUUGAAGCCUUGAUUUAUCACAUCCAUGGCAGAAACCAUGAUAAGUAA